AUGUCUUCCUGCGUGAACCCCCCUUCCAAAGUUCAGAACGCAAACUUACCCAAAUUCAAGCAUGUAUUCUUCGCUUUCUCUUCACCACCGCCUCCGUCCGACACCACCACCGGCGACCACCAUCGCCUACCCUCUCUCUCUUCCUUCUUCUCUUUCUUCCCCAUUUCUCCAUUUUUUCGUUCCUGCAUGCGACACCCCUGUUCGUGGAGUCACUCUCUGUCCGCGUCUUCAAGCACCGACAAGCAACCACCAGCGGCGGCGACCUUCUGUGCCACUGCGAGAUCACCUCCACCCCACCGCCUCUCCGUUCUUCUUCCUCCUUUCAUCAAUGCAGAGCAUGGAGAAGAGAUACCCACAGAGAAUCAGAUUAGGAUAGAAGAAGAUAUUGAAAGUAGCUCUGAAUUAGGUGGUGUUACAUGGGAAGAAAAUUUUGAUCGUUAUCAUGAGAUGGUUGUUGAUGCUUUGCAACCUGAGUUUCACAUGUACAUGCAACCAACAAUGGAGGAACCAAAUCGAGAUGCCAAGAGAUUUUAUGACCUCUUAGAUUCAGUUAGUAAACCCUUGUGGGAAAAUUGUAUCCAUUCACGAUUGUCACUUCCUAGUAGGAUGCUGAGUAUAAAAUCAGAGGGAAACCAAUCUCAGGGAUCUUUUGACCAGUGGGCAACUUUGUUUAGAGAAAUGCAAACAACUCCAAAUGAAAUUCCUGCUAAUUACUAUGAAGCUAAGAAAAUUGUUUCCCAACUUGGGUUUAAGGAGCAUGAAAGAGAUAAUGGGAAACCAGAUUCUGCUAUCAAAAUAGAAUUAGUUGAAGUUAGUUAUGAAUUUCCAGAUAUAGAUAUGGUUGGUAGAGACGGAGAUCGCGGCCGUGGCCGUGGCCGUGGCCGAGGCCGAGGCCGAAAGGGGAGGCCUAGGCUUUCUACUGAUCAGCCCCUUGACUUGCAUGCGGAUCCAUACUCUCUCGUUGGGUCAUCAUCUGACACGACUGCUCCAACCAAUGGGAGACCGCCACCUAUUGCUACUACUACCCCCUCCCUUCAGGAGCCUCAGAUACAAAUGAUGCCUACUCCGGGUGUGCCAAGAUCAUGCACUCAACAAGCCAAUGAACCUUCCAAUACUGCCUCACAUGGUGUGCAGAGUGAUCCAGCUAUUGUAGCUCCCAGUCGACCAGGAUCUUGUGGGGAAAGACAAACCACAUCUAAUAGUACCCAAGAUGCUCAGGGUCAAGGAGCAUCCACUGCCACUGGUCACUCCAGCACAAGUGCUCCAAAGCUUAGAUAUGAUGGUGUCAAAUGUUGGCACCCACCUAAGCUUGGAUUGAAGUGUAUUUCUCAGGUUUUUAAGGAAAACUACAACAAGCCUUGGCUGAGUUUUGAUGAGGCAGAUGAUGAUAUUCGGAAAAUAUGGUGGACUGAGUGGAGGAAAUGCUUUGACAUUAUUGAUACGGAAGAGGAUGAUAUCUAUCAAGCUUGGAGGUUUAGGGCUGCCAAGCGCUUGCGAGGUAUGCUCCAUGCCAUUCGCAAAAAAGGUGCCCGUCCAUAUUGGAUCCCACCAGAAGUUCUUGGUGAAUUGAUGAGACGUUGGAACACUGAUGCCUAUAGACAAUUACAGGCGAGAAAUACAGCUGCCAGGAAAUCGACUCGAGGUACUUCUCUUCAUACUACAGGAGGCACCACCUUUCCAGAAGCGAGGUUACGCUUAAAUCAUUCGCUUGGAAGACAAUCACGUAUGGAUGGGUUUUUUGAGCACACUCAUACUCGCAAAGAGGAUAGGACUCAAUGGGUUGAUGAACACUCCCGAAAGACAAAGGAUAUAUUUCAAGAGCGUAUGUUUCAGGCUGACCAAGAGCAGCAGGCUGCUAUAGAGGCUGGUGUAAUUGAUCCACCGCCUGUCUCUGAGGAAAGCAUAUGGAUUGAGACAGUGGGUGGAAAACGAAGAGGUAGGGUAUAUGGCAUGGGUGAGGUAAGGGACUCUUCCAUGGUGCGGCCUCGAGUUGAUGGGCCAACCACAACCACCAGCGCUGAUGUUUUGGAUCUUAGAGAACGAAUCAUAAUACUCAAUAGGGAAGUUGAACAAUAUGCCGCUAAAUAUAGAGAGCUUGAAGACCGCUACCAAAGGGAGAAAAGAGAGUGGCAACAGACUGUUGAAUCCUUGCGUGAGGAUCUCAACACCAGUAACUCACAGAUGGAUCAAUUUAGUCAUCAGUUGAGCAGUUUGACUGAGUAUGUGAGAGCCAUGGGUCCUAGUAGUUCUGGAUCACGUGUUCCCUCACCUCUUCCUUUUACUUUCCCAAGCUCCCAGAAAAGCACAGCCCCAGCCCCAGUCCCAACCCCAACCCCAGGUAGAAAACUUCCACCUAUUCUGCAGCGACCAGGACAACCACAGAGUUCUCAAAGGGAGGAUGAUUCUGACGACGAUUUUGAUGACUCAGAUGAUUAUUUAGACGAGUAUAUUUAUAUUUAA